AUGCCUCGGCUGCGCACCCGCCUCGCUGUCCAACCCUGGCUCUGCCCGCCCUCGCUCUCGAUCGCCUCGCUUCCUCCUCGACCUCGUCCACUCGAGCACCGCCUCGCGUCCACAUCCGCCAGACCUGACUCGAGAUGGCCAGGCUGGAUCCCGACCAUCGGCCUCGAGCUCCACGUCCAGCUCAAGGGCAACCCAAAACUCUUGUCGCCUGAACACGCCGUGUACGACGACUCGCCCAACACUCACGUCGCCGCGUUCGAUGCCGCACUUCCAGGAGCCCUGCCCGUCCUCCAACCUCGUGCCGUCCGCCUCGCGCUCCUCGCCUGUCUCGCCUUUGACGCCGACAUCAACCCGAGCAGCACCUUUGACCGCAAGCACUACUUCUACCCGGACCUCACCACCGGGUGGCAGGUCACGCAGCGCUACGAUCCACUCGCAAAGGACGGCGUCGUCAAGGUGCCGAGACCGCCGGUCAAGGGCGCAAAGGGCAAGGGCGCUCAGGCCGACGACGAGUACUUCUUGGUCCGGCUCGAACAGAUCCAGCUCGAGCAGGACACGGCCAAGUCGUUCCACGACCCGACCUUGUCGCCCUCGGGCGGCACCCUCGUCGACCUGAACCGCGCCGGUGCCGCCCUCGUCGAGAUCGUGACGCGCCCCGACAUGCACUCGCCCGAGGAGGCCGCCGCGUUCGUCAAGACGCUCCAGGCCGUCCUGCGCCACGUCGGUGCGAGCGGGGCCAACAUGGACAAGGGCGAGCUGCGGUGCGACGUCAACGUGUCGGUCGCGCGCGUCGGGGCCGAGGGCGAGGACGUCGAGCGCGGCACGAGGUGCGAGGUCAAGAACCUCAACGGCGUGCGUUUCAUCGCCUCGGCUAUCGAGUCCGAGAUCUCUCGCCAAAUCGCCCUCCUCUCGUCGGGCUCGCCCGUCCCGCAGUCGACCCGGGGCUUUGACGCCCUCUCGAGCUCGACGUUCCACCUGCGGUCGAAGGAAAACUCGCCCGACUACCGCUACGUGCCCGACCCGGAGCUCGGCGCGCUCGUGCUCGACGCGCGCGAGCUCGACGCGCUGAGGGCAACGAUGCCCGAGCUGCCAGAGGCGGCGAGGGGGCGGUUGAGGGCAAGGUACGGGCUCGGGAAGAGGGAGGCGGGAGUGCUGGUUGCGCUCGGCGAGGUGCCGGACGAGGGCGAGGGCGGGCGAGGCGGCGCGGCGCAGCUGGACGAGGCCAGCCCUGGGCUCGGCGUCAGGUGGUUCGAGACGCUCGCAGAGGGGCGGGACCCCAAGCUCGCCGCCAACUGGCUCAUCCACACGUACCUCGGCCUCCUUUCUCGCGCCUCGCUCUCGCUCGCCCGCUCGCCCCUCGAGCCCGCCGAGCUCGGCGCCCUCCUCGACGCCGUCGCGCUCAAGCGCGUGACGACCACCGAGGCCAAGACGCUCCUCGGCGAGUACGUCGCCGCCGCCGCCGCCGGUGCGGGCGAGGCGACAGCCGGGUCGUUCAAGGUCAAGCUCGACGAGCUGCUCGCCUCGCGGCCUGCGCCCGGUCCCUCGUCCUCCUCGGCUUCGGCGACGCCGACGGGCGACGGCGGCGACGGCGCAGCAGGUCACGACGCCGCGUUUGCGGCCCUCAUCGACUCGCUCAUCGAGUCGCACCCGGCCGAGGUGGCCAAGGUCCGAGCGGGGCACGCCAAGGUCCUGCAGCGCCUCGUCGGCGCCGCCAUGAAGCGCACAAAGGGCACGGCCGACGCCAAGCGCGUCCUCGACGAGCUCUCGAGGCGACUCUCGGGGCCGUCAUGA